AUGCUGACUCGACCAAGGUAUGUGUAAAUUGCUUCAUCAUCUGUGAUGUUUAGUACAUUGUUUAAAAGUAGAUAGGCUCCAAAGAGCCACUUUAGAUAUGUGUAAGGAUUUGGGCAUGCCCUGUGUGAUUCCAACCCACCCACACAAUGCUGGAGCAUAAAUUGCUUGUGGAACCCCGUUCAGUUUCCAAACUGGCUUGCCAUGUUUUAGAUGUAUGAUGUACCGUAUUUUUUGCUCCAUAAGACGCACCAGACCAUAAGACGCACCUAGUUUUUGGAUGAGGAAAACAAGGAAAAAAAUAUUCCGAAUCUUGGUAGCCAGAACAACAAGAGGGAUCGCUGCGCAGUGAAAGCAGCAAUCCCUCUUGCUGUUCUGGCUUCUGGGAUAGCUGCGCAGCCUACAUUCGCUCCAUAAGACGCACACAUAUUUCCCCUUACUUUUUAGGAGGGAAAAAGUGAGUCUUAUAGAGCAAAAAAUACGGUAAUUCAUACUUUAUGUUAGUACCUUUAAAAAUGUUAGGUAAUUUUUAAAACGUGGUUUGACCUGCUCCAUUUAUGGGGUGGGGCACAAAGCCUCCUUGAGCACGUUAAGCUAGCAGCAUGGCUUUAUGGAUUAACUGGGUGUUUACUUCAGAUGUAGCAGAAAAUACCUGUCAUUUGUUUGUACUGAGUGGUCACGAGGGAAGAGUGCUUACACUUCUUCACUAAUAUUAAGCUGUAGAAUCUAGUGCAUGUAAUCAAAAGAAAAUAAUUUUGGCUUAGUAUGCACUAUUCUUAACAAACUGCGAUAAGGAGAAAAGUUUAUUACUAAGAAUGGGGGUGGGGGAGAGAAAUAAAUAAAUAUACAUAUUAAGGUAAAGGACCCCUGGAUGGUUAAGUCCAGUCAAAGGCGACUAUGGGGCUGCAGUGCUCAUCUCGCUUUCAGGCCAAGGGAGCCGGCAUUUGUCCACAGACAGCGGGGAUUCAAACAGCCAACCUUCCAAUUGACAAGCCCAAGAGGUUCAGUGGUUUAGACCACAGUGUGACCCGCGUCCCUACAUAUAUUAAAGUAUCUUAAUGUGGUCAGAAUACUUCCAAACUAUGUCAAAGAGGCAUGUGGGCCUGUCUGAACUGCUACUACCUAAUGUAAUGGUAGCUUUAUGCUUUCUUUUUUUUAGUGGACUUACCAUUGACGACUCUAAACUUGAUGGGCCUUUGUUACAAAUUUUAUUUAUGAACAAUACUGUUUCAAAGUAAGUAUAUAUAUUUUAUAUUGGUUAAGUUCAGAAUGUUUGUAUCAUGGGUGCCUUCUAGAGUAUUGAGCUUUGAUUGGUGGGUCAGAACCCACUAGUCUACUGUCCCCCAAUAUAAGGUGUGUCAUGUCUGUAGCUGUGUACCCCAAAUUUUUAGGUGUGUGUGUGUGUGUGUUCAAAUGAGAACUGGAAACAUUGGGUGGUUGGGUAAAUAAGCCAUAUGUAGAUUUUUAAAAAAAAAGUUAAAUUAAAGUUCCCACAUAGUAGGUUGUAGUCCCUAGUCUUAAAAACGUUGACCGCUAUUGCUCUACAGAUAUUUAAAGAAAAUGUAUGCAACAUGAAAGGAAUUUUGAAUUUCUGCAGUGCUACCAAAACACUGGAUAGGACAAAUGCCUGUACCUUUCCCCCCAAAGUUUGAUCUACAAGCUCUUCCUACUGCAGAAUUGCAGAACAAAAUCCUCAGCUUGAACAGUGUGUAAGAGCAGUCUGUGAGAGAGAUGCUUUAUAACAAAAAAAGACAGCAUAUCUAUUUUGAAAAUUCUUGUAUAGGCAAUAUCAUCAAGAAAUAGAAGAUUUUAUAUCUUGUUUAGUUCAAAAAUAUGAGGAGCAACAAAGUGCUGAAUCUGACAAGACCUACUUCAAUGUUAAGCCGCAGGUAUUUAUAUAUUAAUGAAAUGAUCUAAACCUUUUCUUUUAUUGGUAUCCGUUGUUACUAUUGUAGUAGACUAGCCCUAAUAGCCUUUGUUAUUGAUGAAAAGUGUACCAUGUUUCCUUAAAAGCAUAAGAAGAGAAGCACAUAAGCUACAUUUUCGAGAAAUAACAUGUUUCUAUUCAUAUGACUGGUCUGUCAAAAAUGUCCUGCUGCAAUGUGCUAACUCUAGUCAUAUUCUUCAGUAGCACAGUGUAUGAUGCCACUGCUCCAUGUGAAGAUGGGCAAUACUGAGUCAAACCAUUGGUCCACCUAGCCCAGUAUUGUCUCUUGGGACUAACAGUAGCUUCCCAAGGCCUCAGGUAGGGGACUUUCCCAGCCCUGCUACCUGAGGUCCUUUUCGCUUGAGAUGCCACUACAUCCAAAGCAGCCACUGAGCUAUGUCCAUCCAGUGUGCACUCAGAGCACCUGUGCACACAUGGCCUUCCCUGUUCAGUUUGUGGAAGAGGGCAUUGCUAGGCUUAUAGGAGGUUAAGACUUCAGAGAAAGCAAAGAGAGUGGAUUUUUAGCUUAAAUUUGAAGGGAUGGUGGGGAGGGGGGAAGAGUUUCUUGAUGGAAGAAAGUUGGGAUAUAAAUGCAGGAAUUUUUUAAAGAAUCCUGUAGGCUGGGGAACUUGUUGCCUUCCAGAUGUUGCUCUACUCUGGAGUUGCCCAUCAUUCCUGACAAUAGGCCAUGCUUGCUGGGACAGAUGGCAUUGGAAUCCCAACAGCCUCUAGAGGGCACCAGGUUCCCUAUUCCUGAUACAAGUGUUCUGGAAGUGAGUUCAGGCAUAUAGGAGAACACUCAUAAUUAUAUACUUUGUUGUUUGAUAAAUAUAAUCUUAGUUUCGCAAACUGUGAUUUGUCUUUCUAUUAGCCUUCUAGUUUUAUGUUGGAAGAAGACCAUAAAGUGACAAUCUCAAAUACAUCAAAAAAAAUCAAGGAGGCCUUUAGUGUAAGUUACUCCUUUGCUUUGUGGUGUAUGUGCUUGAAUCCUACAUUUUAGAUUUCUGAACCAUAGCAUUAGAAAAGGGUUGACAAGAUGCUUAAAGAGCCAUGCAAUUCUCACUGUAUUUAAUUAUUGUUAAGUUGUUGUAAUUCUUGGAAGGCCAAAACUCAUUAAUUGGCUGGGCUUUUUUUAGUUAUGGGUGUGUAAGUUGUAAGAUCUUGUUUGUAAAACCUUAAAACAGGAGAACCUUUAUUGUAAUGUACUUAAUUAUAUCAAAAUAUAUAUUUGCGAAAUAUUUAAGUACAUUUUUAAAACGGAAUGUUGUCUUUCAAUCUGAUAAAAUGCUGACACUUUUUGACUCUUUCUACAGGUUGUAGGAAGUGUUCUCUAUUUUACCAAUUUUUGUCUUGAUAAACUGGGGCAGCCUAUAUUAAAUGAAAACCCUCAGCUGACAGAUGGAUGGGAAAUACCCAAGUAUCCUAUUUAGUUUAAUGUCCUCUUUUCCUGCUAACAAUGCAACUUAAUCCAAUCAGUACUAAACCAGAUUCAAUCUACAUAUUUUGAGUCUAUUAACUACGUAACUGUGGUGUCAUACGUUACAGGGCAUGCCCUUUUUGGUGAAACAUUAUUUCUGGUGAUUGGAUUUCCUGCUCUGCUUAAAGAUGCUACUGUGCUUCCAUGCUAUAUUUCUCAAUAGUGGAGUCAGGCAGCUGACACUCUACACUGAUCAGGCUAAACCCUACUAUCAAAAGCUAGCAUGCUUUCAACAAUGAUGAAGCCAUCCUUUCAAGCAGAAUCUUGCCUUCAUGGUAUUGAUUAUGAGUCUCAUCUUACCUUUCUUAAGCAAAAAACAAACAAACUUUGUAAUAACAAUUUAUACCAAAACAUUUCUGGGUCAUAGCCAUCAUGCAUACACAGACACGUAAACCUCAGUUGUUCUGUUUUAUACAAUGGCAAUUCCUUAUUGAACUCUUAAGAUACCAGCAAGUUUUCACGCAGAUUCUUUCUCUAGAUGGACAGGAGAUACAAGUAAAGCCUAAAAGGUUUGUAUUUCUCUAAAUCUAUGAAGAUUUCUAGUUAAAAAACUGAAAUGUACUGUGGUUGAUAAGUAAUGGAUAUGACUUAGAAUGAGAGCAAAGCGCAGAUUAAAUUGCUGACGUAAAGAGCACCCUUCAUGAUGUAACAGCUUGCCACUUUUAAAGCAUUUUGUGAUAUUAAGUGUGAAGUGCAGCCUCUUAUGACCAAAAGUAUAGGGGGAGAGGGAGCUGGAAUGCUCUGGGUGCUUUGAAGACCUUAUUCAGGCACAUCCAAAAUAACUAUAGCAGCCUUUGCCAGCCUGGUGCCCUCCAGACAUUUUGGACUACAGCUGUCAUCAACCUCAGCCAGCACAGCCAUGCUGGAGGACACCAGGUUAGCAAGAGCUACUCAGACCUCGCUGUCCAUCUUCCUGCUCAUAACUCUCGUAAAACUCCAUUUUUUCCUUUAAUUUGAUAGAAGCACAGAUAAAAUCUGCUAGGAGACAGGCUUAUUAACUUUCAUUAAGAAUUAACUAGAUGAGUCCUCAAGUAGGGCAUUAGAAUAAUAGAUUGAGCCAACAUUUCAUGAACAAUUAAAAAUAAAAAUUUACUCCUCAGCUUUAUAAUUGGAGAGGGCCAUGUGCCUUGACAUAUCUUAAGAUAGACUUUUAAGUAGUUAUUUCCAAAAUAUUUUGAAAAGCAAUGCACUGGUGCAAAUGAAAGUUGAAAGUGGCCUUCUCCAUAAUGGCCAAAGCAAGAAAAUAAUUGUUUCAUGCACUGACCCGUUCAGUUUCCUCUCACACUUCCUGAUUCUCACAAACCAUGGUUUCCUUUCAAACCUGAAUUGGAAGCCACACUUUAAAAUGGGCUUCCGUGGUUCAGGCACACCGUUUUCACCUGCUUUGGAUGUCAUGGCAAAUUGCGGUCUGGUCUGUGGGAGGGAUUGCAAGAGAAAGAAGGAGCACAAAACCACAAAGUCCAUAACAAGAAGUCAAACUAUUAUGUCUUGGAUCAGAGCACUUUUUUUCUUUUUCUUUCUAACAUCCAAAUUUCCACUACAUACUACUUUAUUUAUUUGUCAGACUGUUGUAGCAUAGUCACAAAAUGUUUAAAAUGUUAAGAUGACAUUGCUGUUAGUAUACUCCAUCCUGCAUUCUUCUGUGCUGUCACAACUGGGUUUGGUAUAUUAGGCAUAUGGGUGACAUUUUAAAAAGGCUGUUGGAAAUAUGUAAUGGACCCACAUAUUUGUUAAGUCAGUAUUAAAUAUUAGUGUUAUAAACUGUUUACUUUUAUAAAGCAGGCCAAAAUCUCACUGCUUCAAUUGUGGCUCUGAAGACCACCAAAUGAAAGAUUGUCCACAGGUAAAACAUUCCUUCUGAUGUUCUGUCCUCAGAGCACAUUGAUAAUCAGAUAUGGAUUAAUUUGAAAGGAUUCAGUUGGGUUUUGAUAAAGCUGCAUAAUCCAUUUGAAUAUUGUUGAUAUGUUUUAUAUCUUAAGACACAUAUUUUGCUAUGUAUGUCCCUAUUAAAAUAUUCUAGGGUUUUUAAAAAAACAAGUUUAAACAAUUGUAUUCAGCAACAUAUAUCCUCUGUAAGGCCAAAACUUUUAAGUAUCAAAUAGUCCAACUCUGUAUAGUACUAGGCAGACUGUUAUUCCACAGGUGAAUCAAGGGAAUUUGUAUGUGUAACUUGGUAGCUGGUAUUGUCCUGAUUUCCCCCCCUCUAACUACAUUUUAGCCACGAAAUGCUGCCCGCAUAAGUGAAAAAAGGAAGCAGUUUAUGGAUGCUUGUGGGGAAGCAGGAAACCAAAACUUCCAACAGCGGUACCAUGCAGAAGAAGUUGAAGAAAGGUUUGGAAGGUUCAAACCAGGAAAAAUUAGGUAUUUUCUCUCUCUCACUGAAUAUAAACCAGCCUUUCCCAACCUGGUGCUCUUUGAAAGCUUUGGACUACAACUCAUAUCAGCACGGACCAGCAUGGCUGUGCUGGCUGGUCUGAUGGAACUUGUAGUCCAAAAUAUCUGGAAGGCACAAAGUUGGAGAAAGCUGAAAACAUGGGGGCAGGGACUGGAUGGCUCAGAACUCCUGCCCUCAGGUACCUGAUUUUUACUAAAUCUAACUGAAUAUUGAAAAUACCUUUAAAAUGUUUUGCUCACUCUCAUUUCAAUAUUUGCUACUAGCACCAAGAUCUGCACCUGCAGUGGUUCCACCCAGGUCUGCACCUAAGACUUCAAGGCCCACUGCAGCGGCCUCAUGUUCACAUUGCACCCAAGACAAGUGGAGUGCAAUUUUUUAUGCUGAAAGAAAAAGCAAGGUGUGGACUACAAGUAAGGCAAGGUGCCUGCCCCACCUAAAACAGUUGAAGCUGCAGCAGGAGAAGACUUAGACACAAUACUCCUAGAAGAAUUUGCAACACAGCAUAUUUCACUUAAAACCAUGAUUAUGGAGACAUGGAAGGAGCUGAUAACCCCUUUGGAAAGAAUGGUAGAUGCAAUAGUGGAGAAAUUUGCUGGCACCACCGAAACCAUCUCAGCAGCAAUGGAUCUGGUACACUUAGAUGAAAAAAAUUGAAGCGGCUCCUCCGAGAAAAUAAGGAUACAAAAUCUAAGCUGGAGGAGGUGGAAAACAGAGCCCGAAAGCUUACUUUACAUGUGAGAGUCAUUAAAGGGGGGGCAGAAGGAGACAGUAUUAUGGACUUCAUAUUUCAGUGAUUCAAAAGUGUGAUACCCACCUUAGAGCUACUCAGUGUUUUUUUUUCUGGGGGGAAUGCAGGGGUACACAUACCCCUAAACAUUUUGUGAAUUUAAGUUUGGCCUCAUUGAGCGGCAGUAUUUCAAUAUGAGUAGGAAAAUGAGAGUACCCCCUAAACUUUUUUUUUUUAAGAAAAAAGCCCUGGAGCAACCUUUGGGGACAAGAGAGAGCUCACAGAGCACUAUCAGUUACAGUGCUUCAGGAUUUAUCUCUGGAAACAGAGAAUAAAAGAGAAAUGUGUCCAGUAAUGUUCAAGUUGCAAGAAGCAGGAAUAUGAUAUUACUGGGCUUUUCAUUUCCAUCUGGUAGUCACUACAGGAAAUUCAACAUUCUCAGCAGCAAAUCUCAAAAGAACAAAUCUACCGGCAGCAUUAGUUCCUGAGAUAGCUGAAUAUCUAGAACAACAAGAUAGCAAAGAUCUAGAAAAAGAACCCAGAUGGAAGGUGUACAUCGUAUCUCAAAUAGUGCGAAAUAGGAGAAUGGGCCAAAGGAGGAGCGGCAGUGUUCACCCAUCAGAAAGAUCUCUCCACUGUCAAACAACCAGAAAAAGAACCAAGAAAAUAAAACUGCUUCAAGGAUUGCAAACUGUUAAAAAAGAGUACUUGCUGUAAUUUUGGAACCCUUAGCAAUAAAGCUUCAUCAAGACCUGACUGGUAUGGGAGUCACAUGGGGAAACCCAGCCAGAUGGGCGGGGUAUAAAUAAUAAGUUAUUGUUUUUAUACAUUAUUAUAACAAUUAAUGGAAAAGAACAUAUUCAUGAAAUUCAUGAAAAUCAGUCACUUAUACGUAACAACAGGCAAAUAUAUUCAAGCUGGACACAACUCUGCAGCUUUCUUAUAUAAUUCCAGCGUGACCUUAAGUUUUCCAUCAGGAUACAAAUCUCUCUUGUUUGUUUUCUUAAAAUGUAGCAGACAACUUCCCCAAAUAGCCCCUUCCUAUUUCUAACAGGAUGUCAUUUGUCCUAUUGCAGUGAGGAACUUCAGGAUGCACUUGGUGUCACUGAUAAGACUCUUCCUCCUUUCAUCUAUCGAAUGCGGCAACUGGGCUAUCCCCCAGGUUGGCUCAAGGAGGCAGAAAUGGAAAAAUCCGGACUAACACUCUAUGAUGGAAAAGGUAAGUUUAGUGGUGAGCGGCCCUCAUUACCUUACUGCAAAUGUGUUUUAUUUUUUCGUAAUAAGAGGAUACCUGUCCAUUAUUUGGCUUUUGACUUUGAAAAGUGUUCCACCUUUCUGGUUUCUGACUAUAAAGAAAAUAGUUAAAAUAGUGUUAUUUAUUUUUACAGCCUGUUAUAUGAGAUGUUUGCCUAUUGAUUCUUUCCAAUAAUAAUUGAAAUUCGGUAAUACCAUUAGAUUAUCUGGACCCAAUUCAAUUCAAGGCAUUGAAACUACCUUGGCCGGCCUGGUUUCUUGGGAAAGGAACUGGGUAGUGCAACCUUGUUGAUUCUUUUUGACUUCAAUACUAUUGACCACAGCAUCCUUCUCAAACGACUUGUGGGUUGGAAAUUGGGGGCACUGUUGUACAGUGAUUCCAUUCCUACCUUCAAGGUCGAUUUUAGACAGCAGCAAUGGGGGACAAUUCUGAGCUCACUAGUGGGGUUCCCCGGGGGGGCAGUCAGUCUCUUGUCCCCUGUGCUUUUUAACAUCCAUAUGAAGUCACUGGUAGAUGUCACCAGGCCGUUUGGAGUGAAAUGUCAAGUGUCCUGAUGACACCCAUCUCAAUUUCCAUGUUCCAUCUGAAUCAGGAGUGCCAGUUCAGGUGUUUGAGCAUUGCCUGGAGGUAAUGAAGGGCUGGGUGUGAACCAAUAAAUUGAAGCUGAAUCCACACAGGAAAGUAAUAUCUGUUGUCAAUUCUAAAGUUCAGCAGUAGGGAGAUGCAUGUACUCCCUUGGAAGAACCAGGUGUGUAGCUUGGUGGGUACUACGUUAUCCUUCUAUGUCAUUUGAGACCCAGUGUUAUGUUGUUCCUUGAUAGGGAUAACUUAUCACAGUGAUCCAUGGUCACUUCCUAGUCCAUGUCAGGCUACCCUUAAAGAUCAUUCGGAAGCUGCAGCUAGUGCAGAACACACUAGUGAAGCUGCUGAUGGAUGUAUACACAUUCUGGCUGGCCUUGAAAGAUCUGCACUGGUUAUCAGCCCACUGUGGAGCCCAAUUUAAGCUGUUGGAACGACACAUAAGAUUUUCAAUGGUUGAUCGAUACAUACCUUUUUACCCAGUGCUUUGGUUGAGUAGAUGUCUGUCCUCUUGUUUUGUGCUGUUGUUCUAAUACAGUGGUGCCUCGCAAGACGAAAUUAAUUCGUUCCGCGAGUUUUUUCGUCUUGCGAAGCACGAAAUCCCAUAGGAAUGCAUUGAAAUUCAAUUAAUGCAUUCCUAUGGUCAAAAAAAGUCCAAACAAAGCCAGAUUUGGUACAACAAGAGUUUAUUAAGUGCUCUUUAAAGUCACACAUACUGUAAAGAGCAUUUCAAAAACUGAAGGAACAAUAAAUUAAGUUUCUAAACAUGACAGGAAAAACAUUUAAAAAUCAACAAAGUGUACAUUACAUUUUCUAAGACUCUGGGGACCACUCGAAGAAGGUUCCUCUUCCACUCUUUGCUUCUUGCUUAAGAACCUGUCCAUGGUCUGCUGCUUCAUCCGCCUUUUCAGCACCUCCCUGAAAGGCGACAUGACCGUCAUAUCAAAAGUGUUCGCAAGGUCACGUGCCACGUGCUUGUUAGGGUGGUUCCGCUCUGCAAAAGCCUGCACAUCCUUCCACUUCAUGCAAAUGUCCCUCAGUUCUUUGGAGGACAGCCGUUCCUCAGUUGCUUCCUCCUCUUCCAGCGAGGCCGGCCCCUGCGCAGCCUCUGCCUGCAGUUCGACCAGCUCCUGGGUGGUCAGCUCGUGGUCGUGCUCCUCCACCAGCUCGCAGACGUCCUCCUCUGUGACCUCCAGGCCCAUGGUCCUCCCCAAGGCAACAAUGUCCUGCACCACUGUUGACUCUGGUGCAUCAGAGUCACUUGGUGCCACACAGUCCGGCCACAGGCUGCGCCAAGUGCAAUUCAGAUUUCUCUGGCUGAUCCCUUUCCAGGCCAUGGUGAUCAUCUUCAAGCAGGUGACGAUGUCGAAGUGGUCCUUCCAGAAUUCCCGCAGGGUGAUGAUGGUGCAAUCAGUCACCUCGAAGCAUCGCCUGAAAAGCUCCUUGGUGUAGAGUUUUUUGAAAUUGGCGAUGACCUGCUGAUCCAUCGGCUGGAGCAGUGGCGUGGUGUUAGGCGGCAGGAACAUGAUGUUGAUGAAGCUGAACUCCUCCAACAAGUCCUCCUCAAGGCCUUUAGGAUGAGCAGGAGCAUUGUCCAUCAGAAGCAAAGCCUUCAGCGGCAGGUCGUUGUCCAGCAGGUACUGUUUGACAGCAGGGCCAAAAGCAAGAUUGACCCAGCCCACAAACAGCACACGUGUGACCCAAGCCUUACUGUUGGAUCGCCACAUGACACUCAGCUGCUCCUUGUCGACCUUGUGUUUCUUGAAGGCCCGUGGGUUCUCCGAGUGGUACACCAGCAGGGGCUUGAUCUUCAGGUCGCCGCUUGCGUUGGCACAGAAGAGCAGGGUCAGACGGUCCUUCAUGGGCUUGUGGCCAGGCAACUUGGCCUCCUCCUGAGUGAUGAAAGUCCUUUUGGGCAUCCUCUUCCUCCACAGCCCGGUCUCGUCGCAGUUGAAGACCUGCUGUGGAACGUAGCCCUCCGUCUUCACAAUCUCCAGGAACUCCAAGGCAAAGUCUUCAGCCGCAGGAACAUCAGAACUGGCAGCCUCUCCAUGCCUGACCACGCUGUGGAUUCCAGAUCUCGUCUUGAACCGGUCAAACCAGCCUCUGCUUGCCUUGAAGACUUCUGGCUCGCCUGAGGUUCCUGGCUGUUCCCGGAUGAGGUCUGCGUGCAAAGCCUUGGCCUUCUCACAAAUCACGGCCUCAGUCACUGUGUCCCCUGCACGCUGCUUCUCUUCUAACCAGAUGAGCAGCAACUUCUCGACCUCCUCCAGAACAGCUGGGCGGUUCUUCACGAUCCUGGUGACUCCCUUGGCUGCAUCAGUCGCAAGGAUCUUCUCUCUCAUCUUCAGGAUGGUGCCAAUGGUCGAUGGGUUCCUGCCGUACUCCCUGGCGAGGUCUGUCACACACAUUCCACCGUCGUGCUUCCGGAUGAUCUCCUUCUUCAUUUCCAGCGUCACCUUCUCCUUCUUCCUCUCGCCGGCCUCUGCAGCAGCAGUCUUCUUGGGUUCCAUGGCAACACAGCUCCUAGCUUCGUAAACUCAGAAAAAAAAAAUCAGUGCUUCACACCCAAAAAAUUCAAAAGCACCCAGCCGCCCACCACACAGGAAUUCAAACCCAGAACCAAGUCCUUGAAUUCCAAACACCCAACCCAAAAUCCAAAAAACCCCAAAAAAGUUUUAAAAGUUUAACUUACGAAAUGGCUGCAAAUCACCAAAGUCUUCAAAAUCCUCAAAUGGCUGCAAAAGAAGUUUUAAAAAUCACCAAAGUCUUCAAAAACCUCAACUGUUCCCCCAGCCACCCACCCACCACACAGAAAUUGCAAACCCCUCCCCAACUGUUGCAAACCCCUCCCCAACUGCUCCCCCAGCCACCCACCACACAGAAAUUCAAACUCAGAAAUUUUUUUUGAAAAAAACCAACAUGGCCCAAUGGUCACAGAAAAUCAUAAAAAUUCAAAAAAACCCACACAAGCUCCCAGAUUCUUGCAAACCCCUCCUCAACUAUUCCUCCAGCCACCCACCACACAGAAAUUCAAACCCAGAUUUUUUUAAAAAAACAACAACAGCAGAGUGGCCCAACGGUCACAGAAAAUCAUAAAAAUUCAAAAAAAACCACACAAGCUCCCAGAUUCUUGCAAACCCCUCCCCAACACCAAGUCCUUGAAUUCCAAACACCCCAACCCAAAAUCCAAAAACCCCCAAAAAAGUUUUAAAAGUUUUAACUUACCAAACGGCUGCAAAAGAAGUUUUGGAAAAGCUUAAAAAAUCAGCAAAGUCCUCAAAAACCUCAGAAAAGGCUACCACACCGCGUGCAAUGUGUUGCUCCUCGAAGUCAAGUCGCAACUGCACCUCUUCAAGCAAUGCACCCUGGGUAUUAACGGUUUUACGAAAAAGGAAACAAACUUGCAAGACGUUUUCGUCUUGCAAAGCAAGCCCAUAGGGAAAUUCGUCUUGCGAAGCAGCUCAAAAAACGGAAAAUCCAAAUACGAUAAUAAACAGUUAUUAUAUGUGUGAUAAGAUGACUGUGUGGCUUAGGGCACCCCCCCAUGUUUUCAGAAAAAGUUCCAUUGUUACUAAAAUUCAUUGGAACAAUCUAUGGAUGCAUUGAUUGAGAUUCCUGCAUUGUGGGGAGUUGGACUUAAUUGCUAGAUUUGUAGCCAAUGAAGUCCUACUCAGAGUAGACCUGUUGGAAUGAGUGUGCCUAAGUCAUGUUCAUUAAUUUUAAUGGAUCUUUUCUGAGUAGGACUAGCAUUGACUACAACCUUAAAUAAGUACCAUAACCCAAGCUUGGGUGGUUUAUCUUGGGGUUCUGGUGGAGUGGUGCUAAAUUUUGCAGUUCUGAAUAUGUGGUGCAUAAAAAAUGACUGGUUAUUUCUUUUGUGAUUAAUUAUACAAUGUUGUUUUGCUUCUUAUCACAGAAUCUGUGCAUUCCAGCACCCUGUUGUCAAAGUGGUUAGACGCAACAAGCGCUCACCAUUAUAUGUGCCAAGUCCUCUUUUGUCAAUAGUAUCAGUAACUAUUUGUGGUGUUUUGUUACAGCAUCUCCUGGUGGUGAAACAGAGGCAGAAGAAUAUUAUCAACAGAAUUGGCGUGUCACUUACGAUGUCUCUAAGUUGAUAAACUAUCCAGGUUUUAAUAUGUCCACUCCGAAUGGAGUAACAGAUGUAAGUGACUAGUUUUACACUUUCAUCACCUCCUUCCUCCAAAGAGUGACAUACGAAUUUCUUUUACACGUUAUCUGUAUCUGACAGUCCUCUCAAAAUUUAUUUGGAGGGACUCCCUGCUUCCACAUGAACUGCCCUGGCCUGUAUCUGAAGAAGUGUGCAUGCACACAAAAGCUCAUACCAAUAACAAACUUAGUUGGUCUAUAAGGUGCUACUGGAAGGAAUUUUUUAAAAAAAAUUGUUUUGACUACGGCAGACCAACACAGCUAACUGCCCUGGCCUUGAGAUGGUCCUCAAAGGCCCUCUCCUCUGGCCCACCAUUAAUGCAGAUCUGGUUGGUGGGUACCAUGGACCGGGCCUUUUUGACAGUGGUUCUUCAACUUUGGAACUCCCUUCCUGAGGAGGGGUUUCCUCUUUGGUUUCUUUUAUGUAGACCUUUCAUGUGCGUUUUAGUCUGUUCUACUUUUUAAUGCUAGCUUGGAUUUCAGCUCCCAAUGUUUUUAUAUUCUAAGCUGUAUUGUCUUGUUUUUAAUUUGUAUUGAUAUAUUAUGUCCUCACCUGUUGUAAAUUCUGUGUUUGGAAUACACAUUUAUUAAAUAUUUUUCUUACAGUUCAUUCUUUGCUUUCUUCCUCUUUUUGCUAAACACAUAUAUGCAAGCAAGUUUUCUAGUCCUGCACGUUGAUCAGCACCUUCUUUUACUGUAUUUAUAUUCCUGCAGGAAUGGAGGAUGUUUGGUUCCGUACCCCUUCAGCCCAGUCAGCAGAAGGAUAUCUUUGCCCACUAUCUUUCUACCUAUCAUUCGGUGACUAUGUUUAAAUGUGCUUGUGAAAGCUGUGUGUAUUGAUGUUUCCAGUUAACAAUCAUAUUUCUAGUUCUGCAUAGAAUUCUCUAAUUUAUGAUAGUAAAAAGCAUACAUGUAUAGGUGUACAUUUCUGUAGAUUGUUGCCAUGUUUGAUACUUGUUUUCUGGUGUCUUUAUGUCAUAUUUUGUUCAUUAGUUUAAAUUAGUUACUUUUCCAUUAGCCUGUCUCUAGGAACCCUUUCAGGGUUGAAGAGUGCAAUAGGAGUUAUUGAAAUCUGUUAACAUAAAUCACAUUAGAGCUAGGGUCCCUGAUGGGAACAUACUUUCAAGAUAUGGCAGUUGGUUGCUUUGAACUCUUUCGAACCAUUUUAACCACCUAUGAUAAUGUGAAUAAAGAGUGUGCAGUUCUAUAACCAGAAAUAUUAGUGGGCAGAUUUAAAUUUAGGGUUGUAUCCAGUGUAGUGGAAUCCAGUGCAGCAUAAGUUAGAGGAAUACUUGUUCUGCUGAUGUAAUGUUUUGCACCACCAAAAUGUUGUGCAAGAGAAUGCUCAGCAGGUUGCUGAGGUGCUGCACAAUAGAUUCCUUGGUUAUGCUGCAUUAAAACUUGCCCAUCUGCUAGUGCAAGAGCUUUAUGCUAGCAGACAGAGAAUGCUGGAGGCAGUUCUUAGUAUUUAUUUUGCAAAAUAGCAAUACAUACAUACAUACAUACAUUUUAAAACAAACCAAGUGCUUUCCAGUUCUUUUGGUACCUUUAGAAUCAUUGGCCAGACUUCUGGAAGUCAGAAGCAGUAAGGAAAAGGGAUGGAAAUUGCCUUUGUUUAAAUGCUUAAAAAAAUAAAUAUUGAAAGCUCAGAGAAAGUGACCCUGUGAGGCCUUCUUCUCCAUAGCUGUGGCCCACAGAGCACAUGAGCACCUUCCAUGAAUGUAUCUUCAUAAUCAUGUUGAAUACUCUUAAUCUCUCUUGUUCCUUUGUGAUGCUUCUUUAGUCAAGCCCGAAGUCCAGCAAUAAAAGAUCUUCAUCUCACCAGAACGCUCAUCAUCCAAAAAGACAGAAAGGAAACAGUGCUGAAGUAUCAUCAGCUGACAUGGAGAUGGAUUCUGGUAAGCCUUUCAAUACUAAUAAACCUGUGCAAUAAAUAUAGUUCAUAAAAUAGCUUUAAAACUUCCUUCUUCCCAUCCCGAUUAAAAAUUAUGAUCCACCAUACCUGUAUACCAGCUUCCAUUGAAAACAAGAUAGGGAUAGGGAUGCUUACUAACAGUUGCUCUUUUUCUGAUUUCAGACUUUGAAGCUCCACACAGUUCUCCUGGCUAUGAUAGCUUCCAGUUCCAACCUCCACUGCCUCCAGGGUCACCACUGAACGCCACUCCUCCCCCACUGCCACGUGGGACCCCUCCAUGUACUCCCCCCAACAUUACCCCUCCCCGGCUUCCUCCAUGUAUUCCCCUACCAGCUACCCGUGAUACUCCACCUUUGACUCCUUCCAGUGAUUCUGCUCCACUGAGAGCAGAGGGCUCUGCUAUGGAUGAAGACACUUUGACUCUGGAAGAGCUUGAGGAGCAGCAGCGCCUCAUUUGGGCAGCCCUGGAGCAAGCAGAUAGUGCAAACAGUGACUCUGACAUACCUGGAGAGAAUCCUUUAACAGGAAACUCUGUAGCCUCAUCACCGUCUCGAAUUGAGUCAGACAUUUUCCCAGAAGAAAUAACAUGCAAAAAGCUGGAUGUAUUGGAACUUGGGACUUCAGACAACAGUGAACAGGUACUCAAAGCAGAAGAGUCUGAAAAGAAACAGAUUUCAGGUGAUGAACUGAUUGAUUUGACAGACAAUGAAGAACCGAAUCCCAUGGAUUCUGAAGGCAGUGUUGAGAACUGCCCCUCAACCUCAGUGUCCAGGGUAAGCCACAGUGACUCUCCUGUGGUCAUCAGUGCGGAGGUGUCCAAAAAUGCCAGCCCUGUCCCUGACAUGAGCAAGUUCGCUGCUGGGAUAACACCUUUUGAAUUUGACAAUAUGGCUGAAUCUACUGGGAUUUACCUCCGAAUAAGAAGUGUGCUAAAGAACUCUCCUAGGAACCAGCAGAAAAGCAAGAAGGCUUCCUCCUAG